GGUGACUGUGAAGGAGAGCUACUGUAAUCUAGAAGAGCUGGACCCGAAUAAGUGUUAUAAAGUGUGGGUGAUGGCGGUGAACUACACAGGCUGCAGCAUGCCGAGUGAGAGACUGCCCUUCAGAACCGCCCCCUCUGUCCCGGUGAUCCAGACAGAACAGUGCACAGUGCUGUGGGACACGGCCACGCUGCGUUGGAGCUCAGUUCAGCCCAGUGCUGUAGACUGCUUCACACUGGAGUAUUGCCGCCAGUAUGCAUGCGAGAGAGAGGGACUCAGGUCCAUAUCAGGGAUAAAAGGCUAUGAGCAGAGGGUCCUCCUUCAGCCCAAUGAAAAUUACCUCUUCUACAUCAAAUCAGUGAAUGCAGGAGGAGCCAGUGAGCAGAGCGAGGCGGCCCUUAUCUCAACCAGAGGUACAAGGUUCCGCUUCCUCAGUGAAACGGCCAACUCAGUGCUGGAGGUUUCAGAGGACAGGAACUCGGUAGAAUACCCACAAGACACCUACAGUAAAAUGUCCUCAGUCAUAGAAUGUCCAGCUGUUAUGGGUGAACUUUUGCCUUCUCUUGGAUAUUACUACUGGGAGACAGAGGUGUCAAGGUGCAAAGCUUACCGCAUCGGUGUCGCAUAUCAAACUGCAUCACUGUCCAGCACACUGGGGGAGAACAGGGCCUCCUGGUGUCUGCACUGUGUACCUACAUCUAUAAGCUGCAGAUUUGAACUACUCCAUGACCGUGUGGAGUCUGACAUCUUUGUUGUGGACAUUCCAGCCCGGAUCGGCACUCUGUUGGACUAUAGUCAGGGUCGGCUCUUCUUCUUCAAUGCUCAGAACGGGCAGCUCUUGGGCACUUUUCAGCACACCUUCACAGAGCCCUGCCACCCUGUGUUUGUCCUGGAGCAGCCGGGGAAUCUAGAGCUGAAGAUGACCAUGGAGGUGCCGGAGUUUGUUAAGCACUGCUAGUUUACAUGACUCAAGUCUCAGUGCUCUGGGUUUGGUUGUAUGACAGGAAAUGAAUCAAGUGAAUCUUUCUUAAUAGGAAAUGAAAACAUAUUGUGCUGUCAUGUGAAAAGUUGCUCAGUUUAUUGACAUGGUGUGACUAAAGAGAUUAUGAAAAAUGUUACAAUUGUGAAAGGAAGGACCGUUUUCGAAGCUGUGCUUUUAAAUCCCUCCGGAAACUAGUUUUGUGGAGCUGUUGUUUUUGUAUAUAUAUUAAACAGAAAGUGCAUGCGACCAGUUUUGUUGCUUGUCAUAAAUGAUGCACCUCUGGAUCACAUGAUGUGCAGACAUUUAUAUUUAGUGUCAGUGUAUUUAUUUUGGAAGCUACAGGCUUUCAGGUUGUUUGAAUAAAACUGAUUUUGGCAAGGUUAAUAAUAGACUUUCAUAGCUGAAUUCUCCUCGAUAUAUUUCUGUGGCUUAGUUUAUUUUCAUGAUUUGGUAGGAAAAGGUCAUUUCCCUUCACUUUCUAUUUAAAAUUGUUGCUGGAUCUCACUUAAUCAAAAACUAUUAAAGGUAAAUGUGCUGUAAAGUGAAUAGAAUGAUUUUAGUUUUCACUUACAAUGGAUCGUUUGAGUAAGGGUGUAUUUUUAACUUAUUUAUUGUCAUUUUUCACUCUGAAAGCUCCACUAUCAAGUCAAAAUCAACUCUUGCACAAGAGAAAAUAAAUUGUAGCCAUAUUUGUUAUCUUUAAUUGGAUUGCACUUUGUUUGGUAUCCAUUUUGUAAAUGAUUCUUUCAAUUGUUUCAAUUUCAGUGCUCUGUUGUUGAAUAAGUUAGUAGUGGUAUAAAUUAGUCUACUUGUAUAUUUACUGUAUUUGUAUUUCUGAGAACAACUGGAUUGGUUUAAAAGUUUUACCAUUAGAAAUGUUUUAAUGAACAAAGAAUAUACUGUAUGUCAUUCAAUACCGUUCAAAAGUUUGUUGUCUGUAAGAUUUUUUUUGAUGUUUUUGAAAUGUCUCUUAUGUUGAACUUAUUUGAUCAAAGUUACAGCAAAAUCUAUAAUAUUGUCAAUUAUCCUUACAAUUUAAAAUAACCGUUUUCUAUUUAAAUAUAUAUAUUAAAAUGGCAAAGCAGUCAUUACUCCAGUCUUCA